UUUUAAUUGAAUAUUAUGUAUAUAUUCGUAUGAGUGUGAUUUUUUGAAUAAACUUUCAAAAUCUAAACGUAUAUUUUGGUUGUAUAUCUGGAUAAUAUUUGUGAUUUUUAUAAUGAUGACUCCCACAUCGGAAGAAAAAAUCCAACAAAUCGAUGAAAUGAUAGUGCAAAAUGCACUUGACGAAACAGGAUUUGGAAAAUUUAAUUUCAAAAUAUUAGCCGUAACCGCACUUAUAUGUAUGAAUGCUGCAUUUGGUAUGUUGAGCAAUGGAUUUAUUUUACCAGCAGCAGCAUGUGAUUUUAAAAUGACAACAGAAGACAAAGGUCAUUUGACCGUAUCUACCAUGUUAGGUAUGUUAUCUGGUUCAUAUUUUUGGGGCUGUUUCGCUGAUAUGAAAGGACGAAGAACAUCACUCUUGGGAUCUCUAUUUCUUCACAGUGCUUCCGAAUUUUUAGCAUCUCUCGUACCAUUUUAUUGGGGCUUCGUGGUAUUUAAAUUUACCAGCGGUUUGGCUAUAUGUGGACAAUUAACGGUGCUCUAUACAUAUCUUGCCGAAUUUCAACCAAUUAUUAAACGCAAUACGUUUCUUUCCUGGAUGGAAACGUCAUGGGUAAUGGGAAUGGUUAUUGUAGCGUGUUUAGCAUGGAUUACCAUACCUUCUAACAUUGGUAUUAAAACUGACAUGUUUUCUUUUAACUCGUGGAACUUGUUCAUCAUGAUUUGUUCUUUGCCAUCAUUUUUUAUCGGAGUAUGUUUAAUAUUUUUACCAGAAACACCAAAAUAUCUAGCUGAGAUUGGACAAACUGUUAGUAUGUUGAACGUUUUGAGUAAAAUGUAUUCGGAAAAUACUGGAAAACCAUCGGAAGAAUAUUUGACGAAUUUAAAAAAUAGUAACAACCAAGUGUUAUCAGAAUUAGUAUUACGUUUAGGAGAAAGGAUAAACGAGAAGGAAGAUAAAAUACCAUCUAAAACAUUGCGAACAAUAUUAAAGAAUACAUUUAUGCAAACAUUGAUGCUAGUAAGAAAACCAUACUUGCAUAGAACGUUUAUAGUUUGUUCAGCAACAUAUUUAAUAAUGAGUUCGUAUUACAUGUUACUUUUAUGGUUGCCCGAUCUUUUUCAAAGAUACGCAGAAUUUCAGACACGUUAUCCUAAUCAAUCUGCCACGGUGUGUACUGUUAUUGCAUUUGAAAAAAAUAAUGAAACGGUUUCAAGUAUGAAUCCGAAUAAUUGCGAUAUACCAAUACAAAACAGUGUAUUCUUAUAUGCAUUUAUUUUAGCAUUAGCAGGUGUACCUGUUGGUCUUACUUUACCAUUAUUAAUAAAUCGUUUAGGAUAUAAAUUCUUUUUAGUUACCAGCACUGUAAUAGCAAGUCUUUCAUCGUUCUGUAUUUUUCUCGUUAAAACAUCUAUCGAAAAUUUAAUUAUAUCCUGUAUAUUCGAAUCAUUUACAUCGAUUUGCGUUAGCGUUGUAUCCUGUAUGUUGAUCGACUUUUAUCCAACUCACUUAAGAUCAAUCGCAGCCGGACUUGCUUCAUUUUUUAGUCGAUUAGGUGCAAUGAUGGGGACCUUGAUGACUGGUUUAUUGAUAGAUAAUCAUUGCACGAUUCUUAUCGUAUUGGUUGGAAUACAACUUCUCAUAUGCAGUAUACUUAGCAUCCUUACACCGAAAAAUAACAAAUAGGAAUUAAAUAAAAAAAGAAGAAAAAUCAAAUUCUGUGAAGAUCUCUAGCAAAUUCGGAUUAUAUUUUUCUACUAGAUCACAUUGAGAAUAAAAAAAUAAAAACAAAACAAAGAACAAAUUUAAAAUACA